GUCGGGGGGGGGCGCUGCUGGAACGAGCUAGGACACCGAGAGCUGGGGAGGGGGCAGGAGAUGUAAGUGGCAGAGAGUGGGGGACAGAAGGGUGCUCAGGAUCAGGCUCCAAGGUGGCCCAGGCAGCCAGUGUCAGGUGCGAGCCCUACCCACGCUGACCUGCCCAUCACCCAGCUCAGGAGCCUGACCCCCCUUCCCCCAGGAGAGGCCACAAGAGCUGUACAGCCUGUCUCUCGGGUGGGGAAACAGGCGAGGGUCAGAAUUCUGCCUUCCUCCUGCAGGGAUAACUCUCUGCAGGCCCCAACCUGCCCCUGGGCCUCAGUUUCCCUAUGAAACUGUUUACCACGUGAUGGUAAACAACAGUUAUGUCUGUAACUGCACCAAACACUAAGGCAGCACCUACUGUCUGUUGUGCUUUCAACAUAAAACAAUUCAUUUAUUUCUCACAAGCAGCCUGGGAGGCAGGAAUCACAUCACCCCCAUCACACAGGCAGGGAAACAGAGACACUUGCCCACAGUCAUCCGGGCAAAAAAAUGGUGGUGAGCAUUGAUCCAGGGCAUGUAGAGGUCCUGGAGCCAGGCUGGGUGGCCUUGGGAGAGUCCCUGCCACCUGCACCUGCUCCCCUAGCUCUUGACCUGACCAACAAAGACCUCAGCAUCGCAGACUCAUAGGAAGGUUAUGAGACCAGCUACUGUAAUGGCAGCUGGAAAGCCUCACUGUUAUCAUUGCUAUUGUUGCCAUGCCUAUCCACAGAAAGGGAAACUGAGGCCUGGAGGCUUUGGGCCACCAGCAGGGCCUGGGCCUGUCCUCUCCCAGUGCCCCCAGACCAAGCCUGGCCCAGAGCCUCAGCCAGCAUGAUCCUGGCAUGGCCCGGCUGGACAUUCACCUGAUGCAACUAUCGCGCCAUCGCCGGAGCCUUGCACAACAUGGGGCAGCUGGCUGGCCGGUUAACGAUUGACCGGAGGUUAAAGGGGGUGUUAAGACAUAAAAGGCAGUAGCAGUGGUGCUGUGGCCACAACCCCAGACCCCCAGCCAUGUCCACGCUCAUGCUGUGCCUGCUGUGCACCCUGACAAUGGUGGCCCAGCCUGCCCCGGUGACCCCCGUGAGCAGCUCAGAGCUGGCACAGCAUGAGGAGCUGACUCUGCUCUUCCAUGGGGCCCUGCAGCUGAGCCAGGCUCUCAAUGGUGUAUACAGGGCCACGGAGUCACAGCUGACAGAGGCUGGGCACAGCCUGCGCCUCUAUGGCCAAGCACUGGGGCUCCUUGGGCAGAAGGUCAGCCAGGGCCAGGAUGCAGCCCAGGAGCUACGUGUAAGCCUAUUGGAGAUGCAGAUGGAAGAGGAUGCUCUCAAGCUGCAGGCACAGGCCACAGCCCAGGCGUUGGGUGAGGUGGCCCAGGGACAGCAGGUACUACGGGAGAGAAUGAAGCAGCUAGAAGUCCAGCUGAGGAGCGCUUGGCUAGGCCAUGCCCACCCAGAAUUUGAGGCCUUAAAGGCCCAUGCUAACAAGCAGAACCACAUCGUGUGGGCCCUCACGGGCCACGUGCAGCGACAGCGGCAGGAGAUGGUGGCACAGCAAGAGCGGCUGAGACAGAUUCAAGAGAGACUCCACAUGGCAGCACUCCCGGCCUGAGCCUGCUUGGGCAGAACCGAGGACCUGUCACGCACCAAGGGAUGCUGCCACGCUCCACGCGACCCCUGCCCAGGGAGCUGCCUGUUGGCUGGGAUCGGCCAGGGCACUGGGACCCGCUUCCAGCCAUGGAGUAGAGACGGAAGCAGAUGGGGAUGCAGGCAGAGGACAUGGCCCCAUCGAGCAGGGGUGAAGGAAGGACACAUGCCCUUCAUGCCUACACACCCCCCAUUAAAGCAGAACAGUGGCAUCUGA